CUAUUGUACAUUAGUCUGUAAACCAGAUACAGUGCCAGCUGCAGUUAAUGUGGGCGAGGACUUUAAGCUUCAAAAUGUUCUACAUAAAAGAAAGAUCAUAAUGUGUAUUUAGGCAAUAUUAAACGUGUCAGCACAUGGGCAUACAUGGUUUAAUUUAGUACAUAUUGUAUGGUCUUGGAGUACCAAGGGACAAAUAGAUACACACACACACACACACACAUGCAGGUUAAUUGGUGACUCUAAAUUGCCUGUAGGUGUGAAUGUGAGUGUGUACCCCGCCUCUCGCCCAAUGUCAGCUGGGAUAGCCUCCAGCCCCCCGCGACCCUUAACGGAUAAGCUGUGUAGAUAAUAGAAUGAAUAAAUGAAUGUUUUAUUGUUUUAUAUCAUUGAAUUAGUUGGUUUCAUUUGGCUUUUUGACUUUGAUCAAUGAAAAAAAAAAAUCUCUGCAAAGUUAUUUCAAUUAAAAACAAAUAGCACAGAUAUUUUUUUAGUAACAUUUUAAGUUUAACCUUCAACAAAGCACAUGGUUGCAAAUGUUUUAAAGUAACGUGAGGAUAAUGUCACCAGCUAACUUCAUACAAAGUGCACCUAAAACUAAAAAACAAACCUAAAUCAAAUCAAUAUUAAUAUGCUGUGACCCACCCUUUGCCUUUAAAACAGCAUCAGUUGUUCAGUCGGUCUCAGUGUCUUCUGUUUCUUAGUGUGAUCCCAGACUGACUCCAUGAUGCUGAGGUCAGGGCUCAGCCAUCUGUUGCAGGAUUCCCAGUCACUGCAGAAUGAAUUUGGGAUUUCGGUUUUUGUUAUAGUAUCGUGUAUUAUGUAUGUAUAUCUAUUGUGAGGCAGCUGAAAGUGAAAGUGCUUCUCUCAUUUUAUCUGUCUAUACAUUCACCUACAUGGCUACCUGUAUUGUGUAGUGACUGCAAAUACAGGUAGCCAAAAUCGGUCUUCUUUUUGGACAGGUUUAAGAGCUUAGAGAUCCUGAAGAAGCUCGGAAUAGACUCAUCGGGAGUGAAAGGACCGUGCUGAGGUGGUUCAGGCAUGUGAUCAGGUGCAGAUAUUCAGAGCACAUCCAGCAGGGAGAAGACCCUGAGGGCGGAGCUGGAGGGAGUACAUGUCCCAUCUGGCCUUUGGAUGUCUCAGGAGCAGAUGAAGGAAGUAGCUGGGGGAGAUGCACAUCUGGGGUGUGCUGCUCCUCUGUGACCACACACAAAAUGGAGAUAACCCUGUAACCGUUCUGCUGAGCUGCCGCUGGAGAGAAACCCCAGAACGUGGACUCCCUCCUCCCCACCACACACUCUGUAAAAACCACAGGAAAAUGACCAACCUCCUUCUUUAUGAGGUGUACCCCAUUAAGUGGGGUUUCCCUUCUGUAACAAGUGCCUGAGAGCGGUGUGGAAAUACCAUUCAGCUGUCUGCGUGGAGCCUGAAGGACCCCACACUGAAAACUGGGAUUCCACCAGCACUCAUGCAGAGAGGAAGGCAGAAACAAUGGAAAAGUACAUCGGGAUGUUUUGGCUGUACAUCACAUCAGGUGCUCGGACUGUGGCUUCACUGAACUGACAGCUCCGCCGACUGGGACUCAGAGUGAAGCCUCUCAGCAUCCUGACCCUAACUGUGUACGCCUAGAUCUUAUAGCUCCUCCCUUGGCUAUAUAAUUUCUAGUUAAGCUGGACUUCCAUCAGAUUACUCCCCCACUGCAUCCUCCCUGUCUCUCAACCCCACCGCUGGACACGAGGAAGAAGAAGAAGAAGUAGAAGAAGAUGCCGGCCACAGGCAGCGGUCUCAUGAUAAGCCUGUCUCUGUGGAUUAUUUUCCUCCUCAGCUCCGGCGUCUCCGCCAGGAAGCAGCGUGCCGAUACUGAUGAUGAUGAGUCCUGGCCGGAGAGCGUCUCCAGGGCGAGGUGUGCGUCGCGGUGCCUCAGUUUGCACAGCGUAGCGGCGCUCUCCACAUCCCUACAGAACAAUGGGACUUUGGGCUGGUGUCAGAAUCAUAAACAGUGUGCAAAGUGCCUGGAGCCCUGCAAAGAUUCCUGGGAGAUGAAGAGGAAAAACAACUGCAGAGAGCUGUGUGAGCGGGUGUUUCCCAAGAAGCACUGGGAGUGUGUGACCAGCUGUGAGUUCCUCCAGUCAGUGUUGGCGAUGAAGCAGGGCAGCUGUCCACCUCCAGAGAGAGCCAGCGGCUUUGCGGCUGCCUGCGUAGAGAGCUGUGAUCACGACCGGGAAUGCCCGGCUCAGAAGAAAUGCUGCUCCAACGGCUGCGGUCACACUUGCCAAACUCCUAAGGACCUCUACAAGGGUGCUCCUCUGAAGCCGAGGAAAGAGCUGGGCUUUGAAGAACUCUCCUCCGGUCAGCUGGAGGUGCGCUGGUCUUCCCGCUUUAACAUCUCAGCUGAGCCUGUGGUCUACAUCCUGCAGAGGAGGUGGAACUUUGGCAUCCAGCCCAGUGAAGACACUGCCACCCCUUGGCAGGUGGUUGCACAGACCACAGAGCAGGGGGUGAGGCUGUCUGACAUCCGGCCUGGACGCUGGUACCAGUUCAGAGUGGCAGCCGUCAACAGCCACGGAACCAGAGGUUUCACCACGCCCAGCAGGCACUUCCAGUCCAGCAGAGACCCCUCCAGUCCUCCAGCUCCCACUGAGCUAAGAGUGGCCAAUAUGAGCUUUGGCCCUGGUAGGGCAGUGUCAGCCAGGCUCCAGUGGAGCAUGCCAGCUGACCUGGAUGUUCCCGUCCACCACUACAAGGUCAGCUGGAGCUGGACUGCAGUUGGACAGUCCUCUGCUUUAUCCCUGACCAAGAGGAGGAAGACAGUCCGAGGGAGCCAGAUAGAGCUGGAUAGCAUGCGGUCUAACAGGAGCUACAGUGUGGAGGUCCAGGCUGUGUGCUACUGGGGGCAAACUCAACUCAAAGGACCUCGAGCCGUCCUCCACUUCUCCACACAGCGCAGUUCUGCCCAAAGCAAGCUUACAGGUGACAUUCUGGAUGUGGGGACACCGUUCUACCAGGACGGACAGCUCCGGGUUCAUGUUUACUGGCAGAGGAGCACUGAUCCUUCAGUUGAGUUCUACAGAAUCCAAUGGGGACCAGAGUACUGUGCACACAACCAGACCAGACCCAUGGACAAGAUCAGCACACAGGAGAGCUUUGUCAGCCUGCAGGGCUUGCUCUUUGCCUGUAGGUAUAAAGUCCUACUGCAGCCAGUCAGCAAGAAGACUCAUCCUCUGGCAGAAAGCACCAGCUUCUUCACUCCCUCCUGCGCCACCAUACGGGCCAAGAGUCCCAAAUCCAUCCCCUGUCCUGGAGAAACCUCAGCAUCCUCUCAGAAGGUCCUGGUGAAGGCAGCCAACCUGACGGCGUCCUUCGAGAUCCGGGGAGGCAACGUGACGGCCGUCUUCAGCUGGGAUUUGUCCAAGGUCCCGCCUCACCAGCAGCUGACUGGGUACCAGGUGACCUGGGCGGAGGUCAUCCCCACUAACCGCCACAACAACAACAAGCUGCCUCACAGCCUCAUCUCUCAGUCCCAGAUCCUGCCCCCGGGCGGUAAUGUUCUGGUGGUGUCGGGCCUGCACCCUGCCAGUCUGUACAGGCUGGAGGUCCAGGCCAUCACAGCGGAGGGGGAGGGUCCCGCAACCAGCCGAACCUUCCAGACUCCAGGAUACCAAAGCACCCUGAAGCACCGAUCCAGGCUGAGGAAGCAUCACCAUAAACAGCCAAUCAUAGAGAAGCACUGAGCCCAGACAGCCAAUCAGCCCGCAUGAACCAAGUCUCCCGACCUCAGGAUGAUCAGAAGUCCACAGAGCGGCGAUCAGGAAUGACAAGUGCAGCGUCACCAGAUUCAGGGUAGAGAUUGAUUCCCUAUAACAACUACACACCCCCCUCCUCUGUGACUGACAGUGGACUGGGCUGCUACCAAUACUGUGGCAUACUGAUAUCAAUGAAACCAUCACUGACAGUCAGUAAAACCAACCAUACUACAGACUUAGAAUAAAAGUAGAAUGAUAAAAGUAUAGCAGCAGUUAUGAAACGUUGAGUCUGCCGAUCAUCAGCCAUGGUCUCAUUGAUUAUCAGCACAGAGGUAUUACAGUGACUACAUGUUGAUAUAAUCAAUACACUUGAUCCACAGCAGUAAGGUUUCAGUUAUCAGAGAGAGGUUAUAUUUCCCUUUGACUCCCACCUGAGAGAUAAACCUCAGCACUUGUUUGUGAUGUAGGUGACACUAUGUACAUCAUAAUAGCAUGUAUAUACACUAGCUAAACCAUUUCUAUUCACUUCACUGUUAAAGAAUAUUACCAAUACAUCACCUAAUGUUCGGUUCCAAAAAGAAUGGGUUAUUUAGGGUUGUUAUCAGUCCUCCUGAUUAGUCCAAUCCAUAAAGAUACAGCUGUGUGUAUUAAAGAGAACAGAAACAUACAUAUAUAUGAUAUAUGAUACCCUAGCCCUAAGUCCCGGCUGUCCCUUUGAUGGAAUUGCAUGCCAACGCCAAAGUGUUUAUAGUGUAGUCAGUGUCAUUGAGUGGUACCUUCCAAAUCAUUUCCUGCAGCUGAAUCACUGAUGAGACUUUGUUUGUAAAUGACAGGUAGCUCCCCUGUACUGUAAAUGCUGUAUAUACCAUUUGUCCGUAUUUAUUAGUUGUGGUAUUUGUGUCUGGACUGUAAACAUGAUAUAUCUGUACUGUAUGUGUGCUCCGCCUUUUUUAAACCUCUAGAGAUCCUGUACAAAGAUGUUUUUUAACUGAAGAUAAAUUCCAUGUUAAUAUGUGUACAGCCUAUCCUGCACAUGUGCCGUUCUGAAUUUCCUCAUUAUUUGAUCCUUUCUAAAGCUCCCCCAUCAGCAAUUUUUUUUUCAGUAUCCAGUAGUGACCUUUGUCCACUGAGAGAAUUUAUAAUGAUGGUGUAACUGAGCCUGUAUUCCUGUGGGAAUACAAGUCUUAAGAAAACAAAGUUCUGUACUCUAAUUCUUCCUCCAUUAUUCUUGAGUUGGUGUGCAAACAAAAGGUUUGAAGCAACCCCCUGGGGAUACCAUAUGUAGAAAUGAGACGCAUUCAUCUCAUACACAUAAAGAAUACAGAUCCACGUAGCUGCUGCUGCUGCUCUCAGUUCCACAUCACCCUAAUACUCUGCAUAUGUUAAUGAAGCUCAGAUGAAGCGUAUCUCUGUGAUGGAGUAUGGUCUGGGGUGGGCGGUGGAGGUUCGGCUGGAGGAGGCACACUGUGCAGGUAGUCCAUUUGGAUAAGAAAUGGCUCCGCCUGGAGCAGAAAAAACAUGUUUACCAAGGAUUUAUAACCAUUUCAAGUUCUUUUUUUUGGGGGGGGGGCAGCCUGAAUAUCUUUACUGCAGUGGACGGAGGCACUGAGAGGAGGACAGCAAAAUAGAACAGAACACAGUAGAGGUCGUUUAUUAAAGCACAGUCACUCCGAGGACAGAGAAUCCAAUCAUGUAAAAGACGGACUCAGAUUCUAACUUUUAUCAUCAGCUCAGGGUUGCUCCCACCUCGGACAGUCAGAGGACAAUCUGUUGUGGAUCGAACUGAAACUGUAAAAGUGACUGUUUUGGCUGAUUGACAGAUGACUUGGUCCCUGGUCUGACUUUUUUUCAUCACGUUAUUGUAGACUGUCAGGAGGAGCUGUAAGGAAAAAGAAGAAUAUGAUUUGAAAAAACUCACUAACCAGGCAACAUUAAGGAGAAACAGGAGUCGCAUACAUGUCUGUAGCAACCAAUAAC